AUGAAAUCAAACGCGGUUGAUCCGGCGCUGCGAGGACCGAGGCGGGGGGCGGGGGGAGGGGGCGACGGAAGAGGGUCGCGAGGCUCGGAAAGGGGAGGAGAGCAGCUGGGAUCACCAACCGCGCGUUCUCUUCCCCCGCGGCAGGGGCCUCAGGAUGGAAAUCAUCAGUCUGCACCGCCGGAGAAGGUCGGCUGGGUCCGGAAAUUCUGCGGGAAAGGGAUUUUCAGGGAGAUUUGGAAGAACCGCUACGUGGUGCUGAAAGGGGACCAGCUCUACAUCUCUGACAAGGAGGUGAAAGAUGAGAAAAAUAUUCAAGAGGUGUUCGACCUGAGUGACUAUGAGAAGUGUGAAGAGCUCCGGAAAUCCAAGAGCAGGAGCAAGAAAAACCAUAGCAAGUUUACUCUUGCCCACUCCAAGCAGCCCGGUAACACGGCACCCAACCUGAUCUUCCUGGCGGUGAGUCCGGAAGAGAAGGAGUCUUGGAUCAGUGCCCUGAGCUCCGCCAUCACCAGAGCCAAGAACCGCGUCCUGGAUGAGGUCACCGUUGAAGAGGACAGCUAUCUCGCCCACCCCACUCGAGACAGGGCAAAAAUCCAACACUCCCGCCGCCCCCCAACUCGGGGACACCUAAUGGCCGUGGCUUCGACCUCUACCUCGGAUGGGAUGCUGACCUUGGACCUGAUCCAAGAGGAAGACCCUUCCCCUGAGGAGCCAACCUCUUGUGCCGAGAGCUUUCGGGUUGACCUGGACAAGUCUGUGGCCCAGCUGGCGGGCAGCCGGCGGAGAGCUGACUCAGACCGUAUCCAGCCCUCCGCAGACCGGGCGGGCGGCCUGCCCCGACCUUGGCAGAAGCCAGACAAGGGGGCCACCUACACCCCCCAGGCACCCAAGAAGUUGACGCCUGCAGAGAAAGGCCGCUGUGCCUCCUUGGAGGAGAUCCUGUCUCAGCGGGACACUGCCCCAGCUUGCACCCUCCAACUGCGGGCCGAGGACCCCCCAACCCUCAUCCCUCCCCACCCGGGGCAGCUGUCCCGGAUCCAGGACCUGGUAGCAAGGAAACUGGAGAAGACUCAGGAGCUGUUGGCAGAGGUUCAGGGACUGGGAGAUGGGAAGCGAAAGGCCAAGGACCCCCCUCGGUCUCCUCCCGACUCUGAGUCAGAGCAGCUGCUGCUGGAGACAGAGCGGCUGCUGGGAGAGGCGUCAUCGAACUGGAGUCAGGCGAAGAGGGUGCUGCAGGAAGUCAGGGAGCUGAGGGACCUGUACAGACAGAUGGACCUGCAGACCCCCGACCCCCACCUCAGACAGACCACCCAGCACAGUCAGUACCGCAAGAGCCUAAUGUGAAGGAAUGGGACAGGGUCUGGAACUUGUGGGUGACGCACAGACUCCUAUCUCCAACUGUUGCAGGAUAAAGCUUUUUUAUUUACCUCAGUCAAAAAAAAAACAAAAAACAAAACAAAAACACAAUCAGACUUGUUGCUCUUGCUGAUGCCCAGCCCUCCUGCAACCCCCUUUCCCAACCCCCUUUCCUUCUUCACCCCACCUCCAUCACUCUGAGACCUAAAUUGCCUCUGAUGUGAGCAGGUGACCCCUACAGCAGUAUGAAAAAGCUUCCCCCGGACAGAGAGAAAGGGAAACAAAGGCACAGUCUGACGGUUUCACAUGCUCCAGCCCUCUGAGGCGUAGUGGGGAGCACACUGCUGCCCCCAGGGACGGGUACAGGCUGCUCAGUCUGGGAGGGGCGUGUUUUAUGUCCCAUUCCAGGUUUUCAAUCUGAGGGUGAAAUUUCAGCUCUAGCUCCAAGGAUGUGGGAGCCAGUGAGUGCCACCUGUCCGCACACACGUUAGUGGAACAUCCCAGCCGCGAGCAUUUGGGGAAUUGAAUCUUCCCCGCCCCACCCAGCUUCUUGCUCACAGCAGAGCCUGAUGGAGACUGAGCUGCCCAGCUCUCUUAGUUAAUGGGUUUCCUCCCUCCAUUCCCGCACCCUUCCCAGCACUGACUCAAAGGUACAAUGCUGACGGACGGGGUUGGUUUGGUCAACUGGCUGGAGGCCUAGCGCAGGGGGACCAAGGACAGCUGACCCCUCAGAAGAACCAGACUCAGAAUGAAACUGAUUUGUGAUGCAAGCUGGGUCAGAUGAAGGGGAAAACCGAACAUGUGCCCAGGUUCCUCUUUCGGCCAAGCUGGGUUUCCUGUAGCCUCUCCUUCCUCAAACCUCUUCUAACACUAAUCGAGCCCCAGCUUCAGAAAAACAUCUUUAUGCUUUGCCACCAGCCUCCUGACCCGCUGUGGAGUUGCCAAGCUCCCCUGCAUCCUUGUGUGUGUGGCAGAUGGUACACACCUCAUCUUAUUUGUUUGCUUCUUUCCUCUGAAGCAUCUAAGCUUGGGGUCAGUGGCAGUGAGAGGGCCCAGAGAACUGUGAAGGCAAGGUAGGAGUGACUUCUGGAAAGAAGGGGACAGAGCCUCAUGAACCAAGUGAGUGAAAGGUUAAAAAACACUGACAUGUACCCAUGGCUGGCUUAACCUGCCUCCCUAAGUCUCUUGCCUCCGAGGGCCAAGGCCUAGAGCUUCCCUGGGGGGUGAGGGGAGAAGGAGGAGAAAAUGGGGACAAAUUACCUGUAGAUCCUGGCCAGAGGCUGCCCUGAUGUGACAUGCAGGAAGGUGGGGUCAGAGGAACAGAAGGAAAAUCUUCAAUUCUCAUUCUGCUCUGACAUUGCUCCCACAACCCACGAAAGCAAGACAGGACCUCUCCAAGCUACACGUCCCUAGGAAGAGAGCCCCAUUCUCGUCCCCCACCGUUUACACUCGUGAUGAUGUCCUUAGAUCUAGCCCGUAGUUUUCUACGAGUCUUUUCCCCAAGGAACGUAUCUGCUAAGGAGUAAGGGAGAAGUGUUACCUAAAUAAAUAUCAUCCCAAGGGGUUCCUGAGCUAGCAGGAGAGGGAUUCUGCGUCUUCAGACUUCGUGGCCCCCGAGCAGGCUUCACUCUUAGACUCUACACAUGGUCAGCACAACCACCCAUUGUCAUAAAUACUGAAAGUCUAGAUUAAAAUUAUAUUUUCUUGUUA